AUGUCUAGCAAGAACGCGGCAAACGACACCGUCCUCGAUCUCCUCAUGAUCGUGUACGGUUCUUCGAAGGACGACCCGUUGGACGACAGCCGCUUCUGCGGGCACGACCAGCGGCGCGUCGAGGUGCAGCUCGCGCCCGUGAUGCCGCCCGAAGUCGCCGCGAGCAUGCGCCGGCGGCAGGAGUGGGCGCACGAGCUCUCAGGCCGCGUCACACCCGACCUGAAGCAUGGCCAGAGGUGGCACUGCGAGUUCUGCGACAAGCUGGCGCGGGAGUCGUUCGUCCAGAACGUGUCGUGGCUGCACCUCAGCCCGCCGAGGCUCAUAAUCUACGUCCACUUGAUGUGCGACACUCAACAAGGCCCGUGCGCUGCGCGACUCCGCGAGGUUGCCGGCAUAAUGGCGUCGCAGACAGGCCAGCCCAACCUGGUCAUGACGAUGCCUAAUAGGUUUGCGCCCGACCCCGUCUUCCCUGCCGCGGCGAGCUGCUUGAACUGCAAGGGUGAGGAGACAAUCAGGAAGAGCUUGAGCCAGUGCGGAGCGUGCAAGCUGGUUAGAUAUUGCAGUACGGCAUGUCAGAGGGAGGACUGGGGCCGCCAUAAGAAGACGUGCAAAGCCGUGAAGGACGUGAAGUGGAUCUGGAAGUGACGGCCUUUUGCUCCCUCAUCCUCGUUGUCACCAAAUAUUUUCCGGCAGAU